AUGUGCCGUGAGUCUACUGCCAUGGCUUCUCCUUCCAUCCCUAAACCCUUAGAUCCAAACGCACGACCUUGGUACCCCGCACGCGCCGAAAAGUUUCACCCUCUUCCUCUUCAAAACUUCGACUCGCCGCCCCCAUCUACACCUCCGCUGUCAUUACUACCGCCACCACCACCGCCACCGCAAUUUUCGAACCCAGUACAAACCAAAGAGCCUUCCCUUCUUUCCCCUUCAAUCCUUUACCAACAAGCACUGGUUUCACAUAUACUUCACCCACCAAUACAACCGGCGGUGGGUUUUCCUCUGCCAUUGCCGGUGGUCUUUUACGGUUCUAGUCCACAAACAUUUCCCGGGCUGGAUUUUUACCCAGAGGUUUCUUAUAACAUCCAUAAUAUACAAUUGCCUCAACAAUUUUGUCGCUCACAUGCGCAAAAAACUCAUCGGUACCCAGAUGGAGUUGACCGUGGUGUUGAAGUCAAUGGUUCUUCUGGAGAGAAGGUUAUGGAAACUGCGAAGGCGGGGGAGAAAAUUGAAGGUUUGAGGAGUUGUUUUGGGAGAGAGAAAAGGGAUGUCAAGUUUGUGCCACUAAGGUCUAGGGUUAUAAGGGGGCACAGUAUGGAAUUUGGUGAGAAAAUAAGGAGGUUAGAGUGGCAGCCUAGGAAGACCAAGUUCGACCAGGGUGGUGUGGGUGGUACUGUCCCUUCAUUUCCUCCAUCCCCCACGCCUUCUCCCGCUGAUGAUUCAAAUUGUGAAAAUACAACUGUUAUGAUCAAGAAUAUCCCAAACCAGUUCAGGAAGGACAACAACUUAGGCUAUGCGUUUGUCAAUUUCACUAGUUUUCACGGUGCGAGAAAAUUUCGAGAAAUUCUGCAUAACCACAAAUGGGGAGCUGUCCGAAGCUCAAAGGGUGUUUACGAGUCCAAGAAAAUCUGCGAGAUCAGAUGGGCCAGAAUCCAGGGAAAGGAUGAGCUGGUUCGACGUUUCCAGAAUUCAAGCUUUGCGUGUUCUACUAGGGAAUAUUUGCCAGUAGUUCUCUCUCCACCUCGAAAUGGUUCAUCGCCAAACACUUUGCCCAUAACUGUUGAUGCUCCCAUCUGGGGUGAAUUGGAAACAUGGGUCUUGCUUGGUAUUUGGUUUGUUGUCGUCUAG